GCAGCCUGAGGAUUGAACCCCUGGGGUGUCUGUCCCCCACUUCUUCUUCCCAUGUCCACACUGCUCUCUCCAAUUUGCCAUGUCUAGCCUACAUGGAUGGAUGGAUGGAUGGAUUCUGACCCCAUCAGCUCAUCUCGGACUGGAUCCACCCACCUGAUGGUCAGAAAGUGUCGGUAGUGAGUGUUAGGCGAGGCAAGUGUGUAUAGCCUCAGCCGCAAGAGGGCAAUACGAAUCGUAUGGAAAAAGAAAGAAAACCGACGCAUCUGUCCAACGCUUACUAUCAAUCUCUGAGGUCCUUGUGCAGUGAGUACCAUCACCCAUUGGUUGCCCAAGAAAAGGUGCCCAACGCAAGUAUAUGCUUUUUCUCUCUGUUCUUUUUCUUUCCCCUUGAAACGAUGGAGUAUUUUCUUCUUCCAUGCAUAACAAGCUUUCAGGCAAAGUUGCCACUUCGAAAUUCCAUAGUAUGUAGACUGCUAAAAGUGCUCAAUGCUAACCCAAGCACUAGUGCGGGAUGGCACGAGGCAAACCUGCGCCCACGAAGCAAGAACCCCUGGAGCACCACUUCAAACCACCUUCAUCAAACUGACAAGGACUUUUCUAUCGGCAAUUCAAUAUAUCAGACUGGACAUGGAUGCAAGAGACCCUUUAGUAAGAACAAUGUUGGAGGGUCCGACGAAUCCUUCUUUCACGAGAAUAGCAACCUCGUAUUAUUUGGAAUUUUCUACAGGAAACCUAUGACGAUAUGGAGUUAAUGUUGGGCUCUGACAAAGCACCAACUCGACGAGAAUAUGAUCCACACUUCUGCUCGGAGAUCUACGGAUACAAUUCAUACAUUUUAUGGAUCCUUAUACCUUCCUGAAGGAUGCACAUGAUUGGCACGACGCUGUUUCAUGCCUUAAAUUGGACCAUCUCAUUUCAGCGGCUCUUGAAAUAGCCAAGC